GGGACCAAAUUUGGUUAUGUCGGCGUCGUCGGCGAACUGCGAAGUCCUUGUUGAGAUUGCAUCUCCGCACGAAUUUUCGGUGUUGUCAUUGAACGGUUUGACGGUGCAAAAUUAAAUCGUUCAACCGCUGCUCGUUUCUUGACGCAGUUUAAAAUAUCGGAUAAUCAUGGUGGAAGAAAUUCAAAAGAAGCUACAGAAUGAGGCCGACACGCUAAGGCAGAUCCAAAAAGAAUACAACAAGGCGCUGAGCCAAAGGCAGCAACUGGAUGGUCAGCUGAACGAGAAUAUCAUGGUGAAGAAAGAGCUGGACAUACUGAAGGAGGAUAACGACGUGUUUAAGCUGAUAGGACCCGUGCUCGUGAAGCAAGAGUUGUGCGAGGCCAAGCAGAACGUCGACAAACGUAUGGAUUACAUCAAGGCCGAGCUGAAACGCGUGGAUGACCUGAUGUCUACCCUGGACAAGAAGCUGGACUCUCAGAGGGACGUGAUAGAUAAAUUACAGCAAGCGUUUCAACAGGCUCAAAUUAAAACGUCGAUAAACCAACCGAAAUCGUAAUAUUGUACAGACCGCGACUUUGUGAAACUAUCAGUUGUUUAAUUAAUAAUUCUAAUUAAUAACGAUAAGCACUUAAGUGACAUUGUUACGUAUAGUUUCAUCAUUUGGUACAUGAAUAUGUCGUUUGUUUCAUUUAUACCAUAGACGAUUAUUAAUAAGAAUCUUGGCUAUGUGUCACGACGAUCGUCCAAGUGCAAUUUAUGUAAAUUAAAAGCUGUAUAAACUUUCCAGAAUAUUCCCCCUUUCGGAAUUGGUCCUUACAUCAAUUAAAAAGCCGACUGAUUACUUUCUAA